GCAAAAUAUAUCUCUGACUUUUUUCGCUGUACGCCACAAUCCAGAUCUGAAUACUGAAUUUACGAUUUAGACUUAUCCGUUUUCGUAAAAAAUGGCUGACACAGAAUCUCAACCUUCACAAACACCACAAGAACCAGAGGAUGGUACAGAGUCUGAUGAGUGGAAGGCUGAAAAAUACAGAACUAAAGUGGUUGAACGUAUGUAAGUAAUAAGAAAAGUAAUAAGAAAAAAAAAAGAGGUGUAAAGGGGCUACCGGCCUGCACUUAUUGACUUAUUGUUUAAAUUAAAAGUUAGCUUAGUAGUAAUAGUAUAGUUACAGUUACAGUGCGGCUGAGUACGGGUCGUAGCCGACGUAGCCUGCCCGGUAUACAAACUAAUUUGAAAUUAACAGUGUUAGUAUCAUUAUUAUAAAAUAUAAUGAUGAUCAAUUAUGAGUGAUUAUGAUGUAAUAAGUAUAAUAAUGGCUUAUUAUUGAAUAAUCAUCCAUAAUGAUAUGAUAAUGUCCCAUUAAUAAUGUAAAUGAGUCAUGGCAUGAAAGUUAAAGUAACAAGUUGUUUAACAUUAAUGACAUUAACUUUAACAUUGUUACCACAUUUUCACAGAAAAGACAGGUCAGCAGGUCAAAUUUUUGCAGACUUUAAAUUUGCAAACAGUUAGCGACCCUACUGAUUAUUGACACUAUUCAGUAACAUUCUGAUUUAUGCUGUUUAUUUUGAAAGGGCUGGGCUAAUUUAGAAAUAGUAAUAGCAAUAAAAAUUUACUCCAUGGCAUAUAAUCGUAUAAUUAUAAUUAUUUAUAAUAGUAUGUGUAUAAGUAUAUAGCCUAUUAUGCAGCCAAAGUGGCUAUUCGGACCCGGGUCCCAGACGUGAGAGGUUGGGAUUAAAAAAAUAUUUAAAAUAUUAUUGUUGGGUUGUGAGACAACAUUAAAUGAAAGAUAAUUGAAUGGACUAUAUGUUUAUAAACUUACUUCUUCAGUUUAACUAAAAUAAACUACCACAAAUGACAUCCGAAUGGCAUUGAAAUUGAGUCUAAAGGGACCCAGGUCUAUGCGUGUCGAGGUCCUUUUAGACUAAAUGCUGACCCUCCAUCCUAAGGCUCACAACCAGAUAUUUUUACUCAGGCCCCUGAACUUUAUUAUUAUACUAGUGCUCCACCAGCUUUUACACCAAGAUUUAUUACACCAAGCAUUUCUGUAAAACAAAAGAAAAUGUUAAAUGCCAAAGGCAAUUGACAUGUUUUUAAGAAACUCAUUUAGCGCAGUUAUUGGUAAUUUUAUUUCAUUAAUUCAGUGGCAUCCGGUAGCGUUUAAACCGAUUGUUGGGGGAUCAGGCUGAAAAUUUAAUAGAAAGUGUAGCCAUCUGCAAUGAGUGUGUGUGCCAAGUUUCAGUUUGAAAAGAUGACAGAAAGGGAGUCAAUUAGUGGUCCGAAGAUUUUUUACUUAACUUAAACACAAGAACAAAAGCGAAGUUUAUAUGAAGGAUUGAAAAAUAAAAGUCAUUCAAUUAGGCAUCACUCCAUUAAGAAUAAAAUCCCUAACCCGAAGGUUGCAUUUAACCAAUUAGUUCCUUUUCUAGAGUUGUGUGCCGAUUAAUAUUUAAACUGUGACUUCAUUUCAGCCAUGAAGAGAUAACAAAAACUGAGUCACAAGUCCCAAAGUCAGCAGCUGAGCUUGAAGACUUUGUAUUUUCUAAAGCAACAUCUAGGGUAUGUUUCUUAAACAAUUAAUUGGAUUGUUAUUCGUUUACUGGGAUCAUUUCCAAUAUUGUACUCAAUUCCUUUCUGAUUUGAGUUUCUUCAAAUGAUUCAACACCUGGCAUGGAGUUUGCUUUCUACAAAAAAAAAUUACAAAAUAAGGAGCAAAUGAAUUUAUAAUUGAAAUAUGAUGUACCAGUAAUUACAAUAGACAACUAUAAAGUUUGCUGCAUUUAGCCAAAGUCCUUUUAAGAGUUCCAUAUUUUUUUGCAAAUGCGGUUAUUGUAUAUUGUAUGAUAACACCAUUUAUAUUUACUAAUUGUCAUUAGGCCAUUUUCAAGUUCUUCACCAUUUUUCUUUCCUAUUUCAUUAAAAAAAUUAAUUGUACCUGUAAUUGUGAAUGUCUGCAGUAAUUGAGCUUCAAUGUUUAAGACUGAAAUAAUUAAUGGAGCUAAUGCUGUUUACCCCUAGUAUUAUUUUAAUGCUGUGUUGAAAACAUUAUUUUGUUGGGCUGAUAUUGCUCAUGAAAAUGCAUGUUUGUAAAUUUAUGUACGGUAUAAAAAAUACAUUUUUUGAACCGAUGGGAUUUUUUUUUCUCACAGAAAAGUUACCUUGAUCUGGUUGCAAGAAUUUUGAUCUACAUUUCUGAAUUCAGUAAGUAUUUAAGAUAUAUUUGAACUAAGAUUUAUCAUCGCUUCCUUUUUAGAGAACAGAAAUCUAGCAUUUUUUAGUUUCUUUUAGGUGUAUUGAACUGAUAUUGAAAUCUCCACAGAUAAAAAGAAGGAAAAGAAAGACACUGAUGAGGGUGACAAGAAACCAAGUGAGGAGGGUGAGGAAAAGAAGGAGUUGUGAAUUGGCUAGUGGGAGCUUUAAAACCAUAAUCACGUAGGUCCGUAUUUCAAUAGGUGGUGCAUGCUAUUGCUAUUGCAUUUGUAGUUUUAUACAUUUAGCAUUUAGAUGAUUAUAAGAUAAGAAACUUACAUUUGUGUUCUGUGCCCUUUGCUGAAAAAAUGAUGAAAUAACAGUAAUUAAGUAUAAGAUGCUAGUCCCUUGCAUAACUUAAUUGAACAAGUAGUCAGAAGAAAAAAAAAAAAAGAGGACAAUGUCAUCCUAAUUUGUUUAUUUUCCACAUUGCUGUUGAUCCAGUUUUCGGCAUAGAAAAGUAUUUAUACAAAAAAAAUGAUGAAAUAACAGUAAUUAAUAAUAAGAGGCUAGUCCCUGGCAUAACUUAAUUGAACAAGUAGUCAAAAAAAAAAAAAAAAAAAGAGGACAAUGUCAUCCUAAUUUGUUUAUUUUCCACAUUGCUGUUGAUCCAGUUUUCGGCAUAGAAAAGUAUUUAUACAUUUUGUACAUCACAAAAAUACAAUAGUUCCAAGGAAUAUUGUUCAACAAAAAAUUUGAUACUAUUUGGCAAAAAAUGAAUGCAUCUAAUGUGUACUGGUACUGAACAAAGUUAAUGAUAAAUUACACCAACUGUAAGACUGUAUCGAAUUUGAAACUCUGAUAUAUGUGUUAUGUAUAGUAGCUAUACAAAAUUUUGUUUUUAAAUGAAAGAAAAUAUAUCAUAAGACAAUCAAUGUUUUGGAUGUCUUUUUUUUUAAUGUACACCAGCUUUCCCCCCCCAUGUUUUUGAAAUAUUGCAGUGCCUUAAAAAGCUAAACUAUUUUAGCAAUAUUAUUUUCUUUACUUUCAUAAUUAAAUUGUUGGUCUGCUAAAAUUUGCCUGCUUGAGAAAUAAUAUUUAAUUUACUUGAAUUUAAGAGUCUCUGGCUUUUGAAUCUGAAACUAUUGUGCCAAAGAAGUAUUUAGCCAGCUUUAUGUGAUAUUCAUACUUUAUGCAAGUUUCUAUUUCAGUAUACUUAUGAUUUAGGAUUUCCACUGGUGCUAAAAAACUGUUUAACAUUUUGUAUCUUAUACAGUGUAUAAUUAUUUUUAAAAUCAUGUGCCAAAUUAUUUUUAUAUUGGCUAUAGUAUUAUAUCAAAGUUUUUGUGCAAUAUUUUCCAAGUUGGAUGUUAUUUUCUGCUUACAAUCCCAUAAAAUAUUUCAAUGUAAUUUUUGUAGAGCAAUCAUUUCUGUGAAAUAAGACCUAAGUAUUUUGUUUAAAUGUUGCAGAUCCAAAUAAAAUAGUCACAUUUU